CACAUCGUAUUCUGCAGCCACACCUACCCACGUGCUUCCAUCAUGGGUAGGGUAAGGAAGGUGAAGUCUUGUGAUCCAUUUUACAAAGGACCUAAGAAAGAUUUAGACAAGGGCUUCAAUUUGCCACCAAAGAAAGGUGAAAAGUCUCAAUCGUUAUCAAGGAGUUUUCGUGACUUUCUAUUGUACAGUCAACCACCAAAGAAGAGGGAAAUACCAUCAAAUGAAGAUGAAAAAGAGAGUAAAAAUGUUAAGACUGGUGAUGGGAAACAGUCUAAAAGGCGAAAGGUUAUCGAGAAGAUAGAGUCUCCCAGAGAUGAUGACAAAGAAGAUGAAGACCCUUUAAAAUACAAAAGAAUGGCAGGGGAGGGGACAGAGCAAUAUUUACUACGAAUCAAUGAAGAGGCAAACAAAAGAUUAAUCUCUGCUCAUAAGAAAGUUGCUUCAACAAGUACCAAGAGAAAGGAGUAUCUGAAGCGACGGAAAUUGAAAUCUCAGCUUAGAAAGAAAGGCAUUAGAAUUGAUGACACAGAAGGACUAGAUUUUGAGGAUCUUCAAGAUUGCAUUAAGUUUGGGGAAGUUGCUAAAGCACCUCCAAGUCUUACUCCAGCUCCAAAGAAUAAAAAGAAAAAAGCAGCAACAAAGGUAGCCAUUCCUUUGAAAAAGCAGAAAGAUAUUCAAGAAGAGAGAGAAAAGGCCAUCAGCAUCUAUCGACAGGCAAAGAAAAGAACAAAUAGGACUAUUUCUAAAUAAUAAAUGCUUUUGACCACGUGUACAAACGUGGGCUGCUCUGA